AUGAUCGACCAAGCUUCCCAACCUUCUGCUUCACCCUCAACUCUUUCCACUGACCAAACCUCCAUGCAAGAGGCAGUAUUCCUUGUUGCCAGUCGCCAUCUUGCUACCCAACCCCACACUGUCCUUAGAAUCGCCGGUAGACCCUGGAGAAACCCUUUAGCCGUCAGGCCUCCUCCGUUUAAGAGAGGGCAAAGCACUGAAAGCACCCCACUCCCAACUCCAGCCAUCUCAACUGAAAGCGAAAAGAAGAUACGAGAUUGCAAUGAGAUAUUCGGAAACAUUCUGAGUAACUUGGAGGAAGGAGGAGGUUUGCCCGAGGUAGGGGUUGUAAACCAACCACUGUCUACGGAGAAGGUGACGGUGGCGGUGAUUGAAGAAGUGAGGGUGGUAGAGGAAGUGGCAGUGACGGAGGAAGUGGUGGAAGAGGAGACAAAAAGAAGCACUCUGGCUUUAGAGACUCCUGAGGAAACUACGCAAGUAGAAUCCUAUGACGGACCUAUCAGAGUCGCGUUAGAAGAAGUCGCGGCAGAGAAGCAACAAGAGGUGGAAGAGGAGAAAAAGAAGAAAAAGGAGAAGAAGGAAAAGAAUGUUGGAGAAGAAGAAAAGGAAAGGAGGAGAACGGAAGAGGAAGAGAGACAAGAUAAAAUGGAGCGGGCGAAACUCAUCACCACAAGAGGUGAUAGAAGAAGAAGACUGCAUGAUGAGGAGGUUCGCCACAAUAACGAGAUCUCGAGGCUUGAAGAAAUAAGGUAG